AUGAGAGUUUAUUCGUGUCAUUUCUGUUCAUCUCCAGUUUAUCCUUUACACGGGAUUAUGUUUGUUAGAAACGAUGCCAAAGAAUUUAGAUUCUGUCGUUCCAAAUGUCAUCAUGCAUUCAAACAACGUCGUAACCCACGUAAAUUGAGAUGGACCAAGGCAUUCAGAAAAGCAGCUGGUAAAGAGUUAGUUGUUGACUCAACCUUGACAUUUGCCGCAAGAAGAAACGUCCCAGUUAGAUAUAACAGAGAUUUGGUUGCUACCACUUUGAAGACUAUGGCUAGAGUUGAAGAAAUCAGACAGAAGAGAGAAAGAGCAUUCUACAAGAACAGAAUGAGAGGUAAUAAGGAUAAGAAAUUGGCCCUCGAUAGAAGAUUAGUGGAACAAAACCCACAAUUGUUGAAGAUCAGAGAAGUUGAAUUACGUAGAAAGGCUGAGAGAUUGGCUGCUAAGGAAAAUGCCAUGGAAGAAGAAGAGGAAGAGCAAGAAGAUAUUGCAUCUGAAGAUAUGAUGAGCGAAGACGAAGAAAUGGAAAGCGACUCUGAAACUGAAUCUACCAAGCAAAAGGUCGUAUUGAAGAACAAGAAGAAGUCAAAACGUUCUAAUUAG